CCCCGCCUACCUCAGCGAGCCCACGCAGGUCGCGCUGCGCACCGAGAUGGAGCGCGCGCGCUCCGCCGCCGACGAGCCCGGCUACAUCUACGCCUUCGAGAUCCUCCCCCCCGCCAAACACAUCCACCUCAAAGUCGGCCGCGCCACCAACCCCGUCAAGCGCCUCGACCAGUGGUCCAAGCAGUGCGGCUCGCGCGAGCAAGUCCUGCGCGGGUACUGGCCCUGGGGCGACGGCGCCAUGCGCGGCCGCUUGCAGGUCGGCCCGCCGGGCCCGUGGUGCCAUCGCGUCGAGCGCCUCGUGCAUCUCGAGCUCGGCGAUCUCGCGGCGGGGAUGGUGUACCUGGAUCCCGGCUGGCCUGGCGUGGGCGCGGUCAAGGGCGUCCAGCGUGCGAGAGGGAGGGUGUUCAAGGUGUGUCCGGAUUGCGGGAAACAGCACAAGGAGAUAUUCUCCUUCGCGCGCGUCGAGAACGGGCGCUACAAGGGCCGCGAGUGGGAGGCCAUCGUCAAGCCUGUCAUCGAAAAGUGGGGCGCGUUCGUCGAGGCGUAUGUAUGAGAAUGGCAGCACGGGUGGAUUGUUGUACUGCGGCGUAAGAUGGAUGUGUACCGAUACCGCUAUGUAUCAUGGACUACCAAGCACACAACUAUAUACCAUGUAGCGAACACAGGCACAGCGGACGUUCUCUCUGCAUACCACCGUACGUCCGC